AUGUUUGACGAAUCGGGGCAAGUCUUCAAAGAAGUCGUCGCACCGCGCCCUCCAGAUGCGUACCAAAACGGCCGGGACUGGUCGAGGCGGACCGGCCGGCCGCCGCGGAAAGGUCGCGGCGGAGAGGGGAGAAAGGGACCGAGAUCGCUGGCCGACAUGGCGAUGCACACAGUGGCAGAGAACAUUGGAGACGUGACGGAACAGCACCUCGCCCGUGAGGACCUGCCCAAGAGGUACUUGUGGAGGAUAUGGCGGCUGCUGGAGAACAGAGGCGUGUGUUUCCAGGCAUGGAAGGUGUUUUCGAAAUUUCUGCUCGCCGAAGACGAUGAGAAGACGCUGGGCCUCUACCGCUACCGCCAGCACAUUUGUCAGCCGGGUGAGAGCCUCCGGCAUUAUCUCAGACCGCUCGAGUCUCCCACCGUUGACUUCGUGACGCAUCUCAACAUUACGGGGUUCUGCUCCUUCGCCGAGAAUGAGCUGCUGGCCCUUGCCCGCCUCAGGAACCUCGCCAUUCUCGAGAUCAUCCAGCCAGCCGACGAGCUGCGCACCACCUUCCCCAAGGUCGACGACCGCCUCGUCAGGGGCUGGUCCGAGAUAGAUGAUCCCUUUCCCCUGCUGCGGAUCCUCAGGCUCUGGGGUGACGAGUCCGUAACCAAGAACUCCCUGCAGUACGUGUCCAAAUUCCCAUCGCUCGCGCUGUACGACGUCAACGCCUCACGGAGCGACUGGAGAGGAGCCGUGGACACGGCGGUGGGCGAGGGCUGGCAAAUGGAGGAGCCCCUCCAUGGUCCCCAUGACUCCCUGCUUUGGUACUUGUUGCUUUUCGACUUCGUCGAGGAGAGCAAGCCGAGACAGCUUCAGGGCCUGGCCCGGAACAUCGACGACGGGCUGAUGAACUUCUGCCAGAGCAGCAACCAGUCCAUCAAGUUUGUCACCAGCCAGGACGCGCCGCCGUUCCUCGACCACCUAAGCGACGCGGCCAAGAGAAACCUCUCCAUGUACGUCGACGUCCCGGGCUACGAGGCGCAGACGUGCAAGGGCUUCCCCUUUGAGACUUGGGCGUUUUGGCUGUACUCCUUUAUCGGGCAGUUCACAAAGGACGAGGAUCUGAAGAGGAUCGGCCUAGAGACGGGGCAGAAGACCGUCUCAGAGCAGCUGGUGCUCCCGUCCAAACCGCUCGCAUGUCUCCAAUUGGGCCACUGCGGCUCCGCGAGGCCGGGCAUCACACCCGCCGUGUCGUAUGUUCGUCGUGGGCUGUUCGCGACGUCGAGGUAUACAUUCUUCAGGACCUCGUCGCCGAGUAACAGGCAGACGUCUGCGCGGAGAACGGCGGAGCUGAUGAAGCCUACCGUCCAGCUUGGGAAUGUGGAGACGGGUCUGAAUCCGAACCGGAAGAAGCGGCGGCGGCUCGAUGACAUUCUCCAGUCCUUCAUGGGCUCUUGA